AAAUAGGCAAAACGAAGAAGCGGCAUGAGUUCGCAGUUAAAUUGGCCAAGAUGUUGGUAAAGAUGGAUUCUUCAUCGAGGCGUGAGCACUGCAACUUAGAAGGGCAAAACACCAUUAUUCGUUUUUCAGGAGACAAAAAAAAAGGGGAGGCGUCGUCCCAAACCGGCGGUGCUGACAUUGCGGCCACCAUCGAGGAACGACCGGAUACUCCAUUGAUUAUUGCCGCCAGCACAGGGAUCAAGGAGAUUGUGAAUGAGAUUAUCGAAGUGUAUCCUCAAGCACUGGAGCAUGUUACCAGGAAUGGACAGAACAUUCUGCACGUUGCCAUUCUACACCGUAACGAUAUCUUUGAACGCAUCAAGGCGGGGAAGGAAGAAGUGAGGAAAGUGGUGAAGCAGAGGCUGGUUUUAGGGAUCGACAAUGACGGUGACACCAUUUUGCAUAAAGCCGCCUGUGCUAAAUACUACCAUGGAGGAACUACAUCGACGGCGGCUCUGGAACUGCAAGAGGAGCUGAGAUGGUUCAGAAAGGUGGAAAAAAUGGUUCCUCCUCAUUACACAAUCCACCUCAACAACGAGAAUCAUACGGCGGAGCAACUGUUUAAAGAGGAGCACAAAGAACAACUGAAAGAGGCCCAAAAAUGGGUUAAGAACACUUCUCAGUCAUGCUCCACCGUGGCAGUCCUAGUCGCCACGGUUGUCUUCGCUGCCGCCUUCACCGCCCCAGGUGGUCUCAGAGAUAACGGGAAUCCAGUCUUUGGGGACAAGCCUCUGUACUCUUUUUUCACUGUGAUGGACGUGGCCGGACUGGCGAGCUCAUUAACGUCGGUGGUGCUCUUCCUUUCCGUUCUCACAUCAUCGCUUGAUCUGAGAGAUUUUCAUAGUACCAUACCCCGGAAACUAACGUUUGGCUUCACCUGCCUGUUCUUCGCCAUUGCAACCACCGUUCUUUCCUUCACGGCCACCAUUGUCCUCACCGUUCAUUUGAAGAAAGCAUGGACUACGACUCUGACCUACGCUGCUGCAUUCCUACCAGUCAGCGCCUAUGCGAUUGUACAAUUUGGUUUGUAUAUCGCAUACCUCAAGAGUGCUUUCAUCAGCAUAUUUGAGUUGGUCAAAAGCUUCCUCGACGGAUAUGAUGAUGAAUAUUUUUUUAUCUGAAAAUUAUCUUUAUGAUUAAAACUCCACACAUAUUCGUUUUAGAAGUACUAUUGGUGAAUAAUGUACUAUUUGAUUAUAUUGUGUGUAUGUGUAUGUUUGUUUUUAAAUUAAGUCCUAUGUAACGUUUGAGAUUGUUGAAGAAGUUGGCAAGAAAGAGGGACACGAGUGGAAAUAACUUUUUGUAUUCUAA